AUGAAUCCCAAUAACGCUUCUGAGAAAAGCGCAGCUGACCAGCUCGCCACAUUGGCUAUACCUCAGCAAAUGAACGGUUCAACCUCAAGUACUCAACACCAAGAUAGGAAUUUCAAUGAACAAAAUUGUAGCCUAGGUGCCAUCGAUCAGAUCGCACAUACUGAAGAGGUCGUGGGGCAGGAUACCAAAGUCGACGUGAGAAAUAAAGAUGCGCCCGCACUUAAGUCCGCCCCGGAAACCUUUGAACAAUUUCGAGAUCUGCCGACAGAAUUAAGGUUGAGGAUAUGGAAGUUUGCAGGUUUGCAGCCACGAAUUAUUCAUGUUACCAACUACAACAACACGUGGCCAGAAAACAUCUAUCUUUGUCCAAGUAUGCCCCAGCAGUGUCCUUUGACAAUGACGUGUAUAGAGUCGCGUGGUGUGGUGCUGAAAUUUAAGAAGCCCCUGCAAGGUCUCGUUUUAAGAUCGAAGACUUACAUGGAGGAUGCUGAGAGAAGAGGUCCUUACACCCCUGGGACGGAAUUAGACAGUCAAAAUUUUGGCCAAGUCGAAGCCGAAAUGCUACGAAGAGAACAACCAAUCAUAUAUGCCAAUCUUGAUAUCGACGUAAUCUGGCCUCAUACGGGAGAAUGUUGGACAGAUAUGGUUCACCCUUUGGGAGGGGUUUAUAGGGAUCCCGGGAUGAAGCGGAUCAUAGUACCAAAGAAUAAGCACAACUACCCUGCGAAAGUUGUAGGUGUAAUGCCUCGCCUACUCGACAAUCGGUCUCUUGGUGUCUAUCAAUGGGCUAAAUCUCUGGAUGCCCAAGAGCUUUAUUUUCUCCAGGACGACGAAGAUUUCAGUAUCAUCGAAGAAAGCACUCAGGUAUCACAUCCAUGUGAUGGAUUUGUAUCAGAAGCAUCUCUUACCCAACUAGUAUGGGGAGGGGAUGAGAUGCGAGGAUCAUUAGAGGACAUUCAUGAGGCCCACAAGAAAGGCUUCAACGAUUCCCGCAACUUUACGAUAAGAUGUUUCCAACAGGAUCUAGUCAAAUCAGGACGUCUUGAUGGCGAAGAUCAACGCGAAUUACAAAGACUACUGGCCUGGGAACCACCAAAGAUUAAGUACAUCAAAGAAUCACAGAUCAAGGAUAUUCUAUGA